AUGCCGGCACAGCCCUUCAGUGCCCGCAAAUCUUUGGCAGUCAAGCCCUUGCAAAUUCGUCAGCAUGUUCAAAAGUCUUUGGUGCAGGAAUCUGUGAAGUUUGAACGACGCACCAGGGAGACUGAAACCAAUGACGAAUGGGUCACCGGCGAGAACCUCUUCCCCAAGAAUCACGAGCGCUGGGCGCACAAGGUGGAUGCUGGAACCCGCGAAUCCUUGGAUUCGAAGUCAGAUGGAAAGAAGAUCACCUUGGAGCGGAUGCCUUUUCCUGCCACUGGCGCGUACAUGGGGAAGAUUUGGCGCAACCCGGUUACAGCGAGGCUGAGUUUGAAGAAAGUCAGCACUCAAAACAACUUCCAGCUCAUCGAUUUGUACACCAGGAGUCGAGUAUCUGGCACUCCAUCAGAAUUGGCAAAGGAUCCAUACCUGUACAAGCCCGUCAUUCUGAGCUUGCGAACGUGGAUGUACCACGACUUCUUCAGGCAAAAGAAGUUAGUCGCUUCAGCAGACGAGAAUGGUAUGGUGAAAUGGGUGCUAGACCUGCCAUGCGUUGAUGCGCCGAUCAACGCGGGGCAGAAGUCUUCAGUGCUGUAUUACAUGCCAAUGGCUCUGAUGAGCUCCUUCACCAAAGACGCGGCGACGGUCGCCUCAACUCUCUUGGCGUUGAUUGCUUUGGGCUUGCUGUCGGCAAUGUGCAACUCCGCGCAGCUUUAUAGUCGGCAACGCAUCUACGGUCUUCCGGUGCGCAUCUUGCACCUCACUGUCUUGAUCUUCACAGUGAUGCAGAGCACCAUGGACACCAUGGCACUGAUGGGUUACAUCAUUACCUUCAUGUUCGUAGCGAUGGAUGUGUUUGAUGGUGACCUUCGAAUGCUCACGAGCUAUAGGUUCUGGUGCCGCUAUGCCGUGGUCCGGGAACUGCCUAUGAGAUGCUUCAUCUGUCGCCGGGAGGGCGCAGCACACCUUGAGGAGCUGAUAGGUGAGCGCGCCGCCAUUCCCAGCACCGUUCACGGCUUGUCGACUUGGCUCAAGGAAUACUCCUUCGUGGUCGAGCUCUGCGGUACUCUGUGUCAGCUGGAGCGCAUCUCCUUAAAGGAAUGGCAAGCUGUGUUGGCAGAACAGCAGGAGGGAAGGAAGUUCACCUACGUUUCGUUCGGCCUCUUCGACAAAACGACUCCCAGCAUGUGGCAUUUCUGUGAAGACUUCGAGGUGCCGACUAUCGCAGGGGUCGAGGUGCAGGUGAGGCCGACGAAAGGUGGCCCAGUACAGACCACGAUAGUCCAAAGCUACUAA